AGGCCCCCGGCCGGGGCAGCGGGCGCUGGGAGGGCGCCGCGGCCGGGGGCAGCCACCGCGCGGCCGCGCCCGCCCGGCGGGGGCGCGCGCUCUGCGCCCAUGCCGGACGACAAGAGCGAGCGCACUGUCGGGGUGAGCGACAUGCCCAAGACCAUCAAGGGCUACCAGUGGUUCGAGGCCCUCUCGGGGAGCAGGAUCAAGAUCGAGGGCGUUAGCCUGCUGGGCAACAACAAGGGGGCGACCAGGUAUGCGGCGCUCGUGGUGUGCGGUUCGCGAGACCAAGCCAAGGACUUCGUCAAGAAGGUCAAAGACAAGAAUGAGGGUCCGCGGGCCAAGCUUCUGUCCGACGACAAGAGCGUGGAGGAGUUCAGGGCCGACAUGGUGAAGAACAAGGGCUGGUCCUCCGACGCGCCCGACGGGGACAAGGCGAUCAACGCCAACACUGGGCUGGACAUGCGGGGAGACUCCUCGGGUUUCACGCACGGCUUCAACCCUUACAAGCGGAGCCCGAGCCGGAGACCAUCGCGCCGUCGCAGCCCCAGCCGCAGCCGCGGCAGCCGCAGGCGCAGCGCCUCGCCGCCGAAGCGCAGCCCGUCGCGGAAGCGCAGCCCGUCGCGGAAGCGCGCCGCCUCGAGGAAGCGCAGCCCCUCGCGGAAGCGCGGCCGGAGCCGCAGCCGCAGCAGGCGGCGCAGCGACUCCCGGCGGCGGGAGAAGCGGCGAGGCCCCAGCCGCAGCCGCUCCUGAGGCCUCCGCCACGGCCUAGAGCCAGCGCCAAGCACGGCGGUGCGCUCUCCUCGGGGACGGCCACGAGGAGGGGUCGGCUGCCUCCUCCUUCUCCAUAUUUCCUCGGCUUCCCCUCUUCUUCCGUCGGCUGCCCCUCUGCCGCCCGCGUGCGCGGCCUCUGGCUCCCUCGAGCGCGCGCCGCCGGUGCGUGCCCCGGCUCGAGGGGGUGGGUGGAGGAGGAGGAAGAGGACGAGGACGACGACGCAACGACGGAGGCGGUGGAUGCGCCCUGUGAGGAGAGGGCCGGCGGGGCGCCGCGCCGGCUUGGCAGCGCUGCUAUAAUAUGUUCCUGACGCGCUCCG